AUGCCAGCCAUCGUCUCAAGUACCUUCAGCUCGUCAGAGUCAGAACACACAACCGGCAUGAUGCAGGUAAACUACGACGACAUCCCCAUACAACCCACGCCUACUAGUACAACAAUAUCGGGCACUGGCGGGCAUCACGUUGAGAGUGUCGUUCUAGCUGCCGCGUGCGGAAUUAUCGCUUCUGGACUCUUCAUACUCGUCGUAUUUCUUCUCCUCCGCCGUCGAACACAACACGCCGUCGGCCGCUCGCAAAAACAUAUGACCUGGAUGCAACGCUCCAACGAAUGGGGCGGACACUUGCCAAUCCAGGUGGAGCUGAAGACUGCGUCGUUAACUAGAUCGAAGUCGGAGCUGACUACGAAUACUACGCAGGAGAGGAGUUUGUCGGAUGAGAAGUGA